AUUUAUCCACCACCGAUGCAUCCACUCCCUUGCGUUUCAGCAAAUCGAAGUAGGAAGACGGCUUCGAUUCAACGCAACGACCAGCAAACCGCUGCCACAAAAGCACCACUAAUCAGUGAGCAAUCAUGUAAAAGUCCAAACGAUCUCAAAUGUCUUCUUGCUUUUUAUAUGGACGACUUGCACCAACAGUGCAUGAGACUUUCCAAGGGCAAUUUGGGACGCGAGAUUGGUGACGAAGUUGUCGAAGACAUGGGAACAGAGACGGCUAGCGAAGGAGUCUUCGAUGCGCAGAGCGGGCGCGUGCUCUCCUUCCAAGCAUCCGUCCCCCAGAGACCUUGCGAUCAGUUCCGCCAUCGAGAAGCCGGCUCGGAAGAGCUAGGCCGGCAAGAACGAAACCCUAAACCCUUCACCGCUCGCCGGAAGCAAGUCGAGUGUUUGGGACCAUAGACCGCUCGACGUCCGAUGGGUUGGGUCGAGCCCGUAUCGGAAGGCCGCGUGGGAUCGAAACCGAAUCCGACCCGCUCGAGUCCUCAAUGGUGCGAACGCAAGAGUUGCCGGCGCAAUCCUAAAACUUGAAAUUUCAGCCACAAAGAAAGAUCAACGACGCCGAGCACGUCGAUUUCGCCGUAGGUGGCUCUGCUUCUCGGUUCUGGGUUUGGAGCUCCUCGACCCUCAUUUCUUAUCGUCUCGCACCGUCUCCUCUCCCCUCUCGCUGGCUUUGGGGUUUAUGUGCUGACUUAGGCCAGCGAAACGGGCGGUCGGAUCACCGCAGUGUGUCACCUCCCUUCAAGAAGAGAAGCUUCUAUCAACAGCCCUACCUUCCCUCGACGCCAGAUGGGUGGCCGGAUCUUGUGCUUUCCUUGGAUUAAAGGAGUUUGAAAACCAAGGGAACGCUUACCAUUGAGAUUGAAGAUAGAGAGAAGAGCUGAUGAUUUCUUGGGCGAAGACGAUAGAAAGAUUGCCUCUUUCCCCCUUCUCGGCCUUCGAACGCCUUCCGAACAGGUGUGUUCAGGUUAGAAGCUUUCCUUUACUGUCUCAUGAGAGGAGUUUCACAAAGCCUGGACGAUUGUGAGAUCCUUCCUCACAUUGCAGGAUCUGAGGCCCUAAGACUGUGGUCCUUGCAACAAUAGAUGAUCACAUGGAAGAAGCAAUCGAGACAACCAAAGCUGAGCAAGUUAUAGCAGUGCCAACCACUACUCUAUGGAUUUGCAUGUGAUGCUUGGUAAGCAGCGCAAGGCUAGAAACAACAGCAAUCCUCGAGAAAUUUGACCUACAAGAAGUUCCUUGAGAUUAUGGAGUCAAUGUAACUGUCCCUUCAAAAGGCUUUAUUCUUUUCCUUAUGCAAUUUGUGGGUUCGAGAAGUAUUAGUUACAGAGGUAAGCAGAUGGUGUUUUUCCUGAAUCAUCACAGCAUAUCAGGCGGCGGCAAUUUAUGUCGACGAUCAUUUUUGCUCUACAACUGCUGUUCGCAAGAGAUAAAGUUGGAACAUGCAUAGAGCCCUUUUGAUUGAUGCGUUUACACCAUUUUUGUCUGAUGUUGCUGCUGCAAUUCUGUCAAAAGAGUUUUAGAUAAACUAUAGUCAUCAAUCUUGGAGCUGCAAAAGCAUCUCAAGUCUACUCUCGAUGCUCUUAAUGUUCUUAAUCUGUGAUAUCAAUGUAUGCUGCUACCUCAAGUUUAUUGUACAGUUACAUUAAGCAUCCACCCUGUAUUUAAAGAAGCUACUUCAGGAAUUCUACAGUAACACUUCCAUUGCACACAACUGUUUGAACUCUACUUGUUUGGAUUGGCACCGAUUAGAAUCUUGUUAUUCAUGAGGAAUAAAGUAUGGCCUGCUAAUUCCAUUAUCAGUGCAGAGUGGAUGCCACUGUGCAGGAAUAUGUAGUUAUCAUGAACUUUUAUCAGCAGAGGAUUCCUGAAAUAUCUAUCAUUCAUCACCAUUUUGGAGUCUUUAACCUGUACAAGGAGACAAUACCAUCCCACCUUCAAACUGUUACAAAACUCCAAGUUGAAUGAGUUCUUCUGGGGUUCUUUUAUGGCUUGUAUGGCUGGCUGCUCUGAGAUUUCAUGUCCUGAGAGUGAUUAAUGAUGAAGGUUAUACCACAAUCAAAACAAUCUGUUCCAAGAAAGAACAGAAAACAAAAAGGUUACUGAAAUCCAUAAAUUAGAAUUUGGUGUUAGCUUAUGGCAGUCUUCUUCCAAGUGGAGUAAACCUGUUGCCUUGUUGACUUCAUUACAUAUGGUUAGCACAGAUGGAGAGGAGCUGCGUACUCCAUGCAUGGAAGCAACCCUGCUUUGAUGAAUCAUUCGAGACAAGAAUAUAAGGAUGGGGACUCCUCGCCUGUCGCAAUGUGGCACAAAGGCAAGAGAAAGAAGAAGCAUCCGAUUCUGUGGUUUGUGGACCAGAGUUAGCUCUGAGAUAAUGGAGAAGAAAGGCCGCCUGCUUUCUUUUACUUGUCGCCGCUGAGUUCUUCUUCCACAUAGGUGAGAAAUCGUAAUGCAGAGAGACUGCUGCAAUUGUCUCAGCCACUUCUUCCCUGUGCUAGAAGAAACCAGCGCGAUUUACUGCAGAACAACUGCUGCUGGUGAUUAAAAGCAGUACCAGCAGCUCUCGCAAUCUGUGUUCUUAGGUUUCUCCUUGGAUUUUGCUCUGCUGGAAGGUAGCGUUCACGUGAAACCGGGCCGUGAAUCAUGGAGAAUAACCACUGUUCAUCUAUUACAGCAUUGCAGCAAGAAGUUAAAUGUUGCCAGCUUGAUUUUGGGGUGUUUUCUUCUGGGGUUUUGUCUGUUUAAUGGUCCAAAGAGCAUCAUUGAAUUGAAUUUAGACAGAUGAGUUCUAUGCUCUGAAUAAUUUCUUACUGGAAGUGUAAGAUUCCAGGAAUAAAACGCAGAACCAGAUAAGAAUGCGUGAGAUGCAGCAGUGAUGGAGUGAAUGAUGUUGUACCUUGUACAGGUAGAAUGAAGAGCAGUAAUGAGCCAGUGUAGGUAGGUCAAGCUUACUAUAGAACGAAGAACAGGUAGUUUCAUGGUAAGAACAUUAAUCUUAUUUUCCUCAAGAAGACAAAACUGUGGAAGAUUUUGUGGGAAUCAUGGAAAUAAUUGUCAUAAAAGGAGGAAAAAAACACACAUCUUCAGGGGAUUAUAGCAGAAAAAUGGAGGAUUUUUUCCUUUUUUUCUUCUUCUUAACCUCAUUGAAGUUUAGAAUUGAUUAUCAAGUUUUUCCAUCUAAAUUGAGAUCAGGCUUUUUUCUAAGUGCAAGCUCAAUCACUUUAUGUGUUCAUGCUUAUAUAAGCUCAUCAAAGCCAGUUCACUCAAGAACACACACACAGUCUCUCCCUCUCUCUCUCUCUCUCUCUCUCUCUCUCUCUCUCACUCUCUGUUUGUGUGCUGACUGUACUAUGGCUUCGUUGCUCUUCAAGGAAAAGAGAGGAGUCAACUUCUCCUGCGUCUCCCCCGCAUCGGCAGCGAUAUGCACGAGCAUAGAUCGGCGGUCGAUGGUUCAGCCGAGCACCGGCAGAACCAUCGAUCGGCACACGCCUCAUCUGAGAGAUCCGCGACGAGCUAAGGCUAGUGUCAACGCCAUGUCACAGACGCCCACAAAGCCAAAAACCUGCAACCAGAGGAACAAGAAGAGCUUGGAGAGAGCCAGUGAUACGCUCAGUACACCAGGCUCCACUCGCUACCUGCUUGAUGACGACUACGGUGAUGCCUACUUCAGCAAUGUGCUGCCGGAUGUGGAACCCCUUCCUCCGCUCAUGUCGCUCGAGCCACCCACUCUACGAGCGCUGAUGAGAGAAGAACCAGCUCGAUUGAGGCCAUCUGCUGCUGCCAGAACACAGGGCCAGGUGGUGGUCUUGCGGGUGUCUUUGCACUGCAAGGGCUGUGAAGGGAAGGUAAGGAAGCAUAUCUCCAAGAUGGAAGGGGUGACAUCAUUCGACAUCGACUUCGCGACGAAGAAGGUGACAGUCAUCGGAGACGUGACACCAGUGGGAGUUCUGAGCAGCAUCUCCAAGGUCAAGCAUGCGCAAUUCUGGCCAUCUCCACCACGCGCAUCGGAUUCCCUGUGACGAUCAUUGGCUGCUGCUCUCUGGAAGCUGUAAAAAACCUAUGUGAGGGUGUCUGUAAAAAGACGAGAACAUUUGCUGUAGUACUUCUCUCAUGUCUUGGAUGCUGCUGGGAUUGUCUGGGAAACAAACAAAUCAUCCGGUUAUCUCCUCAUCAUUUCGGUCAUAAUGGAUCCGAUCUCGGCCUUUCCUCUUGUUCUGUUUUCGGUCUCUCUCAUCACUGUCACUACUAUGCAUCUUUACAAGUGGACACUCUGUGAUCUCAAGCUUUAGA